CUGUCUGUACCCUUUCAUCUGUAAUUUUAUGUCCACAUUUAUGACUAGCCUGCUGUCCGCACCCUCUCGCUCACACUCACAGCCGUCCAGAUCCUGCUGUACACUGAGAGGAGAAGCAGCACAACGCAUACAGAGACUCACAGGUUUUUGAUAAUGGAGAAAGACUACACCCCCCCACAUUAUUCUAAUCCUCAUAUGGACCAGACAGAUAUAAACUACCCUGGACCGCAGGCAGCAUACCCACCUCAAGCAGGUCCACAUGCUGCACCUUUCCAGCCACCUCCAUAUGGGUUUGGGCAUCCAACCAUCACUGUCCAGCCCACGAUGGUCCCUGUAGUUGCCCAGAUGGCGGUCGUGAAUCUCACUGAUACGCCAGGCCGCAUUACCUGUUCUCACUGCAUGACGGACAUCAUCACGGAAACCGAAUAUAUCAACGGAUUGCUCACCUGGUUAAUUUGCGGAACCCUUGUGUUCUUUUUCUGCUGGCUCUGUUUUUGGAUCCCGUUCUGUGUGGAUUCAUGCAAGGAUGUGAAACACACCUGUCCAAACUGCAAGAACAUCCUCCGCAUUUACAAACGUUUGUAGCACAUGCUACACAAAGAACCAUAAAAAAACUGAGAACUCAAAAGAAGACGCUCAGAAAUCAAUUUUUGCAUUACGUUACAAUGCUUUGGUUAAAGAUAUGUCUUUUGUUCUUCUGUACACAACUACUACAAAGUCUCUUAACUUACCCAUUGUUGCAAUAUCUCUAUCCAAUCCAUUCAUACAUUUCAUAUGAGAGUUAAUGUGUUUAUCAUUUUGAAAUCCUGUAGAACAGAAGCAUAGAUUAAAUCACAACCUGACAAAUGUGUAGAACAGGCAGAUAUUCCUAAUAAUAGAAUUACACUUUCUCUGGAAGGAUGAAAGUGUAUUUGAAAGUGAUGAAAGUUUAAUAUAUAUAUUUGAAUAAAACAACUCCUGUCUAAGCUCUGU